UGCCAUACUACCUUUAUCACCAAAAUACAGCAAGAUCAAAAGAUCUAAAGACACUAUCUCUGGUUGGAACAUAUCGGAUAUGACAUCGGUCAGAUUGAAGUUGUAUGAAAUACUAGAUAUGGAGGACAAGCUUCAUCUGCUUCAAUUCUGCUCAAGGCAAUCAUAUACCCUGUUACCCACCUUUGCUUCAAACUUUUGCAUUACGGAUACGAUUCCCAUUUUUCCUUAUAAGGCCUUCAGCACUUCGUUCGAGUUCAACUUUGACUUUAACGACUCUUCCGCUAUCCAUUUCGAACCCAACCAACUGAAUAGCAACAGUAGAGACUAUCAAGGUCCGUGUCUUCACCUGCGGCCUAAAAGGUACCAUCUGCAUGCGCCUUCCAACUCGUUACUGCAGAAACUGUAUGAUACCAGAAUAUAUGACAGAAUACUCAUGCAAUUGGGCCUUGGAAGUGUUGAUGAGUCUUUCAAGUUGGUUACAAUUCCAUCCUUUUAUGUUGGUGAUGAGUAUCUUGAUGGUACGUUUAACCGCACAAUAAUUCAGCUUCUAGGGAACAUGAACAAGAACGUUUGGAUACUGUGCUCAUUUGACGAGAAUGAUGAAAGAUUGUCUCCGCGACUUCAUAUCAAUAAGAAUUACACCUUUCGCGCUUAUUAAUUAAUUAAUGUUUGUUCAAGGACUUGGUUGUCUGAUUGGAUAGAUAAUAAUAAAAGUAUGAUGAUGAUGAAUAUAGUUUGUUAAAUAAUAGUCAAUGGGUAGCUCUAAUAAACUAAGCUAGAUUAGUAUUUCUUUAAUUUCUAUUUUUGGAUUAUGCGUGAAGACAAGCGCUUGAAUAUUUAAAACGAAAGAAUUUCUCCUCGACGCCCUUUUCCCUUUUUCUUUCUCUUUUCCACUUUUUUUUUAUUUUUUAAAUCUACCCUUUGAUGAAACUGCGACAGCAAUAUGAUAUCAAUAGUUUUU